CAUGAAGCUGCGUCUCCUACAGAGGCAACGGCGUCGACGUUUUUUUUUCUGUCUUCGUUUUUUUUUUUUUUUUUUUUUUAUUCGAGACUUUUUUUCUCUUUUUUUUAUUUUCUCUCAGCGAGAUGAGCAGGGAGUGAGGAAUGGAGGCGUAGGGAGCAAGGAUGUUUGUGUUUACCAAGCGGCAAGCUAGUUAAGCAUAUGAAUAUACAGGCCUCCUUGUAGCUAGAGCAAGCCAGCGAACAAAAGGAGAAAAUUAAUGGAGAAAUAAUGGACGAUUCCCAUUUCAACUCAUCAUACUUUUGGUCUCCCGUCCCCACUGUACAAGGACAGAUUGAGAACGCCAUGUUCCUGAACAAGGCUAAGGAGCAGCUAGGUCCAGAGAAGGCCAAUGCGCCCCCUUUUCCUCACUCCUCUGCAUCUUCCACCUCCUCUCCCCACUACCCCACGGCUUUGCUCGCCAUCCCUGGCUCAGUGGAUGCAGGGGCUGGGGUGCGGGUGGUCCCCAAGCAGGAAGGAGGUGGUGGUACUGCAGGAGGCGGCGGUGGCGGCGGCGGCGGCAGCAGUGGUGCACCUUUGAGUGCAGUCGGGGGGCAUCUACACCAGUCGCACACUUCCCAGAACGUCACCGUCGUGCCUGUUCCCUCCACGGGUAUCAUGACUGCAGCUGGGUUAGUGAUCACCACCCCACAAGGCACACUGGUCCCCACUGCCUCCACGCAGUCAUUUGUAGCUGGACCCCCUACUGCCACCACCAUGAUAGUGUCCGCAGUGCACCCCUCAAAUGCAGAUAAAAAGGAUGACAUUGCUGUUCCUCCUGCAGUUGUGAUGCCAACGCCAUCGAAGCGAGGCAGAAAGAGCAAACAGAUGAUGGGCAGAGUGAGUGGAGUGGGUGGGGUUCUACCUCCAGGAAGUGAUGCAUUAAUCUUGGCUCACCUUGCUGCUGGUGGACAGCACCACACUGCUGACCCAUAUGAUCUGUCAAAUGAUGAGGAUGAUCAUACCAACAAGGAUGGCCCCAAAUCCUACAGGUGUCGGAUGUGCGCCGUAACGUUCUUCAGCAAGUCAGACAUGCAGAUCCACGCCAAGUCCCACACUGAGGCCAAGCCCCACAAGUGUCCCCACUGCUCCAAAUCGUUUGCCAACUCCAGCUACCUGUCCCAGCACAUCCGCAUCCACAGCGGGGCCAAGCCCUACACCUGCACCUACUGCCAGAAAACAUUCAGGCAGCUCAGUCACCUACAGCAGCACACACGAAACCACACUGAGGCCAAGCCCCACAAGUGUCCCCACUGCUCCAAGUCGUUUGCCAACUCCAGCUACCUGUCCCAGCACAUCCGCAUCCACACCGGGGCCAAGCCCUACACCUGCUCCUACUGCCAGAAAACAUUCAGGCAGCUCAGUCACCUACAGCAGCACACACGCAUUCACACCGGUGACCGACCGUACAAAUGUAACCAUCCUGGUUGUGAAAAAGCUUUCACACAGUUAUCUAACCUACAGUCUCACCGUCGGCAGCACAACAAAGAUAAGCCGUACAAGUGCCACAACUGUAACCGUGGUUACACAGAUGCUGCCAGCCUGGAGGUGCACCUGUCCACACACACCGUCAAACAUGCCAAGCUGUUCUCCUGUGGCCUCUGUAACCGAUCCUAUACCUCGGAGACAUAUCUAAUGAAACACAUGAGGAAGCACAACCCCGACCCAUUAACAGUAGCAGCAACAGUAGCUGCUCAGCAGGCCCAGGGCCUCACACCAGGCGGAGGAGGUGGCAGGGGCCGAGGCCGUGGUCGAGGCAGAGGAGGUGCAGGCAGAGCAAGCCAGCUCCAAAGCCAGACUAACCCUAACAACACCAACCAGAACCCUAACCCCGGACCUCCAGGCAGCUACCAACAACCCACAGAACCUGUGGUUCCAUGCCCGUUUGACCUGCACCAGUACAAGACAGUGGCGGCCAGCGAGAUUCAGUACAAACCAGUCACUGUGGCAGACCUGCCAGUGACCCACAAAGACCUCUGCCUAACCGUCUCAACGUCAGCCAUACAGGUGGAGCACAUGAACUCAUAGGCUGCGUCUUCCCGCUCUACUAAUUGUGUCUGCAGUGUAAAAAGGUCCAUUGAACAAGUAAUUUAAAUGUAUUCAGAAUUAUAGUCUUCUUAAAACAUGAAAAAAUGACUAAUAGGGUGGAAAAAUGUCCACCCUAUUAGGCAGAUGAAAUUAUUUUGGUUAAUUGACACAUCACUGAGUUUCAAAGUGUAAAGACACUAAUGGAAUCAGUUUAGAUUCACUUUUUUAUAGCUUGAGUGAUAUUAUUUUUGAAAGGGUUCAUCGGGUAAUGCAAUACAAUCAAAUGGAGAAGUCCAAUUUAAUUUGCCCAGUUAAGAAGCUUUAAAGCUGAGUACAAUAUUGAAUUACUUGUUAGAACACAGAUAUUUGACUCCUGAGUCCACUUGCUGUGUAUCUCUCCGCAGAAAUGCUGGCCGAGGACAUUGAUAUGCGUAUGUAGUUUUUUCUUCAGACUAGAGCCACAUUCUUCCAUUUUAUGAAGACUUUCCAAAAUCUAAUCUGUCAAAAAGUUUUGGCUUUAAUAUCAUUAUGAAUAGGUUGGUGAUUAAAUCCAAAGGCAAAUUUCAAAUAAGCAUCUUUGGUCUAAGUUCAGUACUAGUUAGCUCUGAGUCACAUACUGAUCCUAAACCAGCAGUCCUGCUCUGAGGGAUCGUCAGAGGAUGAAGCUGUAAAAUAUCUGUAAAAUGAAGAAAAACUACACUAUUCUCUGCACAAUUACGGUCCAUAGGAUAGUGUCGUUUUUGAUGGCAUUCAGAUCACAUUAAUCUGAACAUUCUCCACUAUUUAGUUCAAGCCAAACCAAGGGAGAGAAAGAAGACAAGGAGUCGUUGAUGAAAACUAGAGAUUCAUAAUCACAUCUGAAACAGCAGUGCAGCGGUAUUGCUGUGAAGACUGAGGAAUGACUAAGAAAAUAUCUUUCAAUGGCAACUGAAUGGUACUAUCAUGGUGCCAUGGACAGCAAAGAAUGGAUCAGAAGGGCUGAAUUGGAGCCUGAGAAAAUGAUGCUGUGUAAUGGGGAAUAAGGCUAACUUCUAAUGUUCAUUUCACAAAUCAUGGUGUCCUUAUUUACACCCACCUCCCCUCAGAGGAGCAAGGAGUUGAGGAGCCAUUUCUUUGUCAGAGCCCAAAGUGUUAAACAAAAGAGACCAAGUGGUUCAGGAAUGUACUCAGUGUGAGGAAUCUGCAGCAGAGCGAGAUGGAAACAGGAGAGAGAAAAGGGGCCGGAGGGUUGGGGGGGUCAUACAGAAAGCACUUGAUGAAGCUUGUACUUCACGCCUAUGUUUGUCAUUGUUUGUCUUUUUUUUUAUAUAUCAUGUAUGUAUUUUUCUACCAACAGAGAAAACGUGUGAACAAAAGAGAGAUAGCAAAGUGAGUGCAUGAAUGUGAUGGGAUCAGAGAGGAAAGUCCGAACAGAGCGUCUUGUCCCAUUUUUGUAACUAUUCGAAGAAAAAACAGCUAACUAUCCUCCAGUGAGUAAAGGCAACCCAGCCUGUCAUUGUCAGGUUGGUUGAUGGGGAAAUAAUGAUUGUGUGAUAAAAACGGCUGACAGGUACUGUUAUCAAUCUUUUUUUAAAAGAACUUUUCAUACAUAUUAUUACUACUUUCAUUAUAACUGUAUUGCAAAUGUUAUCCACAUUAUUACCGAUCUGAGGCAUUAUGGUAUUGCAGUAUGCUGUACAUAAAAUAGAUAGAAAAGACUUUUUCAUCUGUAAAAGGGAAGUACGUCUUGUGUAAAGCAUAUAUGAAAACUAAAGGAACUCAAAUUAUCAAGUACCAAACCAUUGGUUGUGUCCCAGGUCACCUUGAGUGCUGAGGGUUUGGAACUGCCAUUGCUGCAAAUGAAUGGUGAAUUCCAGGACUAACAUGUUUAGAAGUUGACCUAAUCAUUGGGUAAAUCAUGGGGAUUUUUUUUCUUUCCAUAAUGUAUAACUACACUACGUUUUUUGUUUUUGUUUUUUGAGCACACUCACUAUUCACACAUGGUGAUUGAUUCUAUUUAUGGUGCAACUGUAAAUGAGUGUGCUGUUGUUUGUUGAAGUAACUUGCAAGGACUUUUAUUAGACCUUUUAAAAGUCCACCGAGACUGAACUUAAUGUAACUGCACCCCAGCACAGGUGUUUUAUAGUUAAAUUAUUGGGCAGGACUGGGAGAUUAUUCCCUGCACAUCUGGAAAAUGCAACGACACCAUUGUCAUUCUGGUUUGACAAAGUUGGGUUUAAUUUGUAGGAGUCACUGAUAGUGAGCGCUAUUGUGCUGUGUAAAAGUGACUUACUGUGAUUUUAACGAGCUUUUAACAUUGUUCGCCCCUGGCACUUCCACACAUGAUCUGACAAUAUACCUUAAUGAUAAAUUCUACUAAACGAAGCUGUGAUGUAGGUGACCUGGGACACUGCACAAGCCGUCUACCCAAUCAAAAUGUUCAAACAGCCUGAACAAGAGGCUGAUUGUCUUCAUGUAUACUCCUCCUUGUAUUUCAUUGUGUCUUUUUAUGAAAAAUAACCCAUUCUCAAUAUUCUUGUUAAUGUUAUUACCGAUGCUCCUGAUAAUACAGUUAUUAACUGCCCUCUUAUGCUACACUCUUGCAUACUGUAUGCACAGUUACACCUCUUGCUCAUCUGAACAGACUGUUUCUUCCCUUAUGGAGAAUAAAGUUCAAAAACUGUUUAUGAUGAAAUAA